AUGGAGGAGUCUCCAUUAAGGGAAUCAGUGCUAAACAUCAAAUCCAAGGUCACCUGCCAACGUACAGGUCUUCUGUGGAAACUGGCAUGACUAUGAGCUCGUACAGCUUCAGAUUCCUCAAGUAUCUAUCUAUAUGUGGCAGUGACGCUAAAAGUGGCAGAUCAUAUUAGCCAGGUAAACAGCAAGUCCAUCGAAAUGACAAUUCCACAGUUUCAGAAUUUCUACAGACAGUUCAAGGAAAUUGCUGCUUUAAUUGAAACUAUGACUGAAACUGUAAUUGAAUCAAUCCCGUCCUCUCAGAGAGUCUCCAGCAAAGAAAAGGUACCCAGUUCCAAAAUCUUGGCAGCUACGACAGCUCCUUCCCUGAAGUUGCCAGCAGCCCGAGUUCCCACCUAA